AUGGAGCCGCUGGAGAGGAAUCAACACGAUGGUGAGCAGGACCAUAUCGGCCCGCUCUCAAAGGCACCCCUGAGCACUGAAUCAUGCCCAACAACGACUAGUCAAAAAUCGCCAUCUUUGAACAACAAAGAGCAGAUUGGUAGCUCCAGCUCUGGUUCCGAAAACCCUCAAGCCACGUCUGAAGCCCAAGCCCACGACCCGAAGCUCCAGGGUCAUGGUGGUCAUGAAACUAAACCUGUCCCAGGGGAGGGCGACACUGAGAGACUACAAGCAUGCUUGAAGUACCCCAACAUAUCUGAUAAUGCACAGCCCGCAUCAGAGACAAAUUCAAGAGGGGUUGAGAACAUAACUACCAAAACCACAGCAGCGUCUGGAAACCCCUUAGUAAAGCCAUCUCCACUACAAUCCCAACCAGCUCCGGCGGCGUCUCCGCAACAAGGCGACUUGAUGUUCCCUGGCAUGCUAGAGACAAGCAACACCGCCGCCUUGUCUAGUAAGUCUGGCAUCUCGGCUCCUUCUCGCAAAUCGCUACCCGGGACUUCUACUCUUCAGGGUCCAUCGGCGAAAGAAAAUAACGUUGGACUUCCCAGGCCAAUCCUGAACAACACCAAGAAGACGAGUUUGCUGUCAAAUGCUUCCAACCCUUUCAAAUUCCCUAAUCGAUUAUUAUCCGCGGCUUCGAAGAAGGCACAUCAGCAGAAGACGUCAUCAUCGGGUACGGUUGCCCCGCGCUCCAAACAGACAUCUGGUUCGACCAUUGCGAGCGUCCAUUUCAAGGGUAACGGCUCUUAUUAUACGCCUGUCCACUCUGCAUCCCCGGGCGUAAGCAAGCAUCCCUCCAAACGUGCAAUGGACGGUACAGCGAGCACGGAAUCUAAACCACGCCCGUCAUCUGAAAAGGACCGCCUCGAAUCAUCAUCCCAACUGUCUCAGCCCGUCCCUGGAGUUUCUGCUCUCACUUCCAAGGACCCUCGUCAGAAAAGCGAGCUAACCCACUCUGAGACUUACGGAACUGCCAGCUCUUUGAACCAGCUUCACAAGAAAUCGAAAGACCCCAAUCCUUCGGAGAAUACCCAAGAAACAUUACGGAAUGACCGAGCUUCAGAAGACUCGGAACUGUCUGACGUCGAGAGUAUUGAUCCUCGGUCCUUUAGCUCCAAUACCACCGCUAGUGCCCUAGAUCAACUUCCUGGGCUCAUUGUUGUCGAUAGUGACCAUGACAACGACGACGACGACGGUCGGGUUACUUACGAUAUUGAGAAGGACGAUGGUGGCCGGGAAAACGAUGCUUAUGCGGACCAUCCUGAUAACAGCGUAUCCGCUGCAAAUACUUCUUGUCCUUACACUAAACAUACCAAAGACUCGGCCCUUGAUGAUACCCCGUACAAAGUCUGCAAAGGUAAUGCUUCUGUCAACGCCACCGAGGUUUCAGAUGACGCCGGCUAA